ACAUGAAAACAGGAAGGAACUUCCCACCAGUAUGCUAGAUGAGAGCUCCUCGGUGACAUGUGCUUGACUAUGAGAAAAGCAGAUCUCCUGAAAUUAUUAAUAGCAAUAAUUAUCAUGUUCUUUGUAAGUCUGCCUGAAUUUUUCAAAACCCAUGAAGCAAACACUGUAAUUAUAUCAUGCAUGGAUGCUUGUUCAUUUAAUAACAUCACCUUUCUACUCUGUGCUUUUAACAACUCUUCUGAAAGCUUCCUGCAACAAGGAAGUAAAAAACAGACUAUUUUUUUGAAGGUCUUUAUAAAUUACUCUGAUUUUCAAAAUACUCCAAGUAUUUGCCAAGUCUCCAGGAGUGAACUGCAACCAUGUAUUUUAAACUCAGCCUGUGAAUCCAAGAAUGAUAUGAAUGUUGUUUACCAGGGAUCAAGAUCAGAAGUUCCAGAAGUGACAGGGUCAUUAGAAAUGAAAGCAAAAAAUUUUAUUUCUUUCCAUAAACAUUUCAAUUUCACUGUGGAUUAUAUGAAUGAAGAAAGCAAGGAAUACAACACUUGCUAUAUACUGGAAAUCCACAUUAGAAAUUCUACAACCAGAAGAGGAAACACUACAGAAGAAAAUAUAAAUCACUCAUGUAUAGCAGCAAUGAUGGAAGACCAAAAUGGCUGUAUAAAUAUUUCACUGCAACUACAGACUUAUGUGAAAAAUCCAAUGUGUAUGCCGAAGAUCAUUUGGCUUGUUCUGAUUCCAUUUGUUUUUGUGCUUACCAUCAUUAUUGUUGCCUACAAAGUAUUCCAAGAAAAUAAAAAACACAUCAAUAGCAAAUAUAGAGCAACGGCAACUUCUGUUAUCCAACAAAAAGACAGCAAAUGGUCAAAAAAAUCUACACCUAAUAUUAUUCAGCUCCUUUCAGAGCCCAACCAACGAAGACCCACAGCUAUCAGACAAACAGCAGAGAUAUUGCCUGCAAUUCCUGAACAUGGGUAUUUUCAGCAGGCAUAGGAGUUUCAGGCAUUCCAGUACGAAACAUAAUCUAUACACCAUGAAAGAAGUCAUCUUCAUUUCCAAAACAUCCUUCCUUAGCCACCUUUUAUUCCUGAGAAUGCCAGGAACCUCAGUUAACAGGAUUUUGUAUUAAUCAAAACCACUCUAUUAAAAUAUGAACAAUGGAUAAACUGAUAUGGUGCUGUAGCAUCAACCUCAGUGGAAGACUAUAGAUUGCAUAUCUAUUUUAGGUUCAUUCAGGAUUUAUACUUACUCACAAAGUUGAGAGAUUAUCCUUGCUAUAAUUUUUCUUUCCAGCUGAGAAGAAAUCAAUUUGUAUUCUCUGUGAAAAAAUGAGACCGUUUUAAAUGGAAAAUAUGUAUAUUUUGAUGGACCAUGGAUGUUAGUUGGUGAAAUGUGAAUGUCAUAGGUGACAAUGAUCCUUAAAGAUGUAGUCUCUGGCUGCUGCUGAAGAAGCAAGAAGGGUCACAUAUCAUGGGCUAAAUCUUUAAAUUCAAUGUGAAAACAAUGGAACUUUUGCAGUGAAGUCAAUGAGAGUUUUGCAUGUACAAAGACUGCAGGAUCUUAAGGGGUUAAGGGGAAAAUGUUGCUAAAUAGUGCAGAUUUGGCUUCAAAUUAUGAAAUCAAUUUUUUUAAACAACUCAUUAGCAGCACAAAAUGGAUUUGGUACUACUUGAUAAUUGCAAUCCUAUUUUUGCACCAGCUUAGGUCAUUAGAAUUCAGAUUCAUUAUCUCCUGCAACUUUUCCUUAUUUUCCAUUUAUUACUGAUCCUCUGAGUGUAGUGGAGCUGUUUGGGCUUAUCAGGGUCCCAAACUCAUUCUGUGCUUACACAUUAUUUGUGGGUACAAUUUAGCCAUAAAUUACCAGCAAGAGACUGAAAUUGCAGAGCCAAGGCUUCUAACUCCCUUGUGCUAAAUCCAUCAGGAUGAAGAGAUUGUAAACUGCCCAAUGCAUAUAUGAUAUGCAGUAAUUUAGCAUCAUGUUAAUACUGAAUAACCUUCAUCUCUUACAUUUAUAUGGCUCUUCCCUCCAGAAGCUCUCUGAAAUUGCUGCUCUAAUCAUUAUACUGUACCGAGCCGUUCAGAUUUAAUAGGAACAAUUGUGAAUACUAGUUUUUGAAUGGCUGAGCCUAUUUGAAAUGUUUAUAUCUAGCUGGAUAAACGUGAAAUAUUUAUUUCUACUGUUUGUGUCAUCAUAUUACAAAAAAUCCAGGAAAAACCUUGAUUUUGUUGUGUCUUUGGGGUUGAUAUGGUUAGUCGUAAUAAUAACUUCAAACCUUCCAGAAAUGGCCUCUUAAAUAUAGUAUAUAAAAUAAACUUUUGCCUCUAUUUGAUUUGGUUUUCUUUAUU